AUGGAACCAAUGAACAUUGAUUAUAACGAUCACUCUGAGAUCCAGCUGAACACCAUCAAGACAAACUUGGAUGUGGUGUCCAAGGCCAUGGAGAUCUGGACUGAGGUUCAUUCAGAGUCGAUGAAACACGCAGGUACCGACCCAUCAAGUUGCCAGCAAACGAUUAAUAUAGCCGACUUUGGCAGCUCCUAUGGCCGCAACUCACUGGUGCCUCUGUGUACCAUCAUUAGCAAGGUUCGCCAGCUGUUCACACGCAACGACAUCUCGGUGUUCCACAACGAUCUGCCCCAGAACGACUUUGGUCACCUGUUCCAAGAGAUCUCGACCAACCCAAGCAGCUACCACAAGCUGUCCAACAAUAUAUAUAGCUACGCAGUCGGAUGCUCCUUCUACAACCAGGUGUUUCCGGCCAACUCGAUCCACAUUGCAAUUGCCUUCUGUUGCCUGCACUGGGCGUCCAAAUUGACGUCCCCUAUUCCCGACACUAUAUUCUACCAACACUCAUCCCACUCUGAGCUCAAGGAAAAGUGGAUGAAGGAGACCCGUGAUGACCUGAUAACCCUUCUCGAGAAGAGAGGUAACGAAUUGGUUGUUGGAGGUAUCUUUAUUGGUAACUUCUUGACUAAUGAUAAUGACUCGUUCGAGUCGUCAAGGAUGUUUUACCGCCAGGUCAAGUUGAUCUGGAAUGAUAUGGCCAGAGAUGGACUGAUCUCCGAGGAGGAGGCCCACAACAUGGUCUACCCAUUCAGGUUCUACACGCUGGAGAACAUCCAGUCGGCCAUCCGCCACCCCCGCGUCAGCCCCCACGGCCUCGAGCUCAGAUACUGCGAGCUGAGAAAGAACAGCUGCCCAUACCAAUCGUUGGUCGAGCAGCAUGGCGCUCACUACUUUGCCGAGAAGUUGUUCAAGGUGUUCUCGGCCUUCAUCGGUCCAUACUGGCGCUCGAACCUCAAGGCUGGCGCCUCGUCCGACCUCGUCUGGGAGGAGUACACUCAACGCUUCAUCGACUACUUUACCGAGAAUCCACAGCAUGGCUGCAUCCCCAACAGCUACCAUAUCGUCAUCUUGGAGAAGACGACGUCGGGCGAUCUGCAGCAGAGACCAGGUGAUGCAUCGUGCUAG